GUCGUCCUCGACUGGCCCGCCACUUGUCCCUCCUUCUUUGUCCUCCCCGAACGCGACGACUCGUUCCUUCGUCGCUUCCCUUCACUGUCAUUUGCGGCGGCUCGAGGGAGAGGUGUACACCCUCCACCCUCGUCUGAUCAAUGGCGACUCCAUCAUCUGAGCUCUGAGCUAAGCUUGCUCUGAAACAAUGGAGGAAUCCAAUGGCGAUCGGAGAGAAGGAGCAACGAGAGUCUUCGUCUUCCUGUCAGUGAAUCAUUCGGGAUGAAGAAGGUUUAGGGUUCCCGCGUCAGAGGCGAGGGAGUCGGAGGCUGGAGACGGGUUUUUUUCCCGCGGGGCACGAGCCUUGGUCUGUGCUGCGGAGACUAUUAAUAUUUCCUAGCGGAGUUCUGUGGUGCAGAUGAAGAGCGGUUAAGAAUUGAGAGACAAAUUCCGACGUGAAAGCGACGUCGACGCGUUGAAGGAGCGGUUCUCGACCUUCUGUCAUUGCGAGGGUUAGAAAUCUCAUACGACAAGCUUUCCUUCUAGCGGUGGAGUGACGCCGAUCUCCAGCGCAGAGAAGCCUUAGCAGGGAAGAGAGGCGAUUUUCUCGGUUCCCUUCGCUGAUUUUUCGGUUUCGGUGGACAACUCGUCGAGUGGUUGGUGGGACAAAUCUGCGUUGUUUUCUGCUGCCGGAUCAAUACCGGAUAAAGCGAGACAUCGGGAUAAUUUUUAGCCUGCCUUCUUGUUUUCCCACGACCAAAUUCGAUCUUCCUCUGUUCUUCCCUCUGAGCACGCUGAAAGGGACUUAGACGAAGAUAGUGACGGAGAAUGUCAGGCAAGCGUGAGCUACUCCAUCAGGCGAUUCCCGAGUCGAAUCUGGAACGCUUUCUGGACUGCACGACGCCGGCAGUGCCGGCCAUACCUCUCGAAAAGGGUUGGGAGGAAAGCAUGGCGUGGGAGCCACUGGAGGAAAUGCCCACGCAGUUCUUCAGGCUAUGCGACCUCUGGAAAUGCUUCGAUGAAUGGAGCGCAUAUGGCGCGGCAGUGCCCGUUCUGGUAAACGGCGGGAAGGAGAGGGUGGUCCAGUACUUCGUCCCCUACCUCUCCGCCCUUCAGAUUUACACUACUGCUCCCCACAAGGCCCUCCUUCCCGACCCACUCAGCGGCGACUUCAGCGAUUCCGAGACGUCGAGGGCUGAGGAGAUGAGUGACUCGGAUUGCUCUCACUCGAUCAGCUUCAGCAGCAGCAGCGGCAGCGAGAAGGCCGAGUCGUGGGACUGUGGGUCCAACGGUUCGGCCGGAGAGCAGGAGAGCACCUGGUGUCGCCCGCGAGAUCGCCUGGGCCACCUCUACCUCGACUACUUCGAGCACGCGCCCCCUCACGCUAGAGUGCCGCUCAUGGAGAAGAUCAAUCAGUUGAGUCGAGAGUACCCGGAGCUCAACAGCUUGAGGAGCAUUGACCUUUCUGCAGCGAGCUGGAUGUCUGUUGCAUGGUAUCCUAUCUACCACAUCCCGGCGAGUCGCACGGCGCGAGAUCUCUCGGCGUCGUUCCUCACUUACCAUACGCUUUCUUUCUCUUUUCAAGACAUGGAAGACGGGACUGUGUUGUCGUCCGAUGCCAAGUCCUCCUCGCCGAUCAGAUUGCCGCCGUUCGGGAUAGCCACGUACAAGCUACAUGGAGAGGUGUGGCUGUCAGGCGGGCCAUGGGACCAGCACCGCCUUUACUCCCUCUGGACCUCCGCCUUGUCCUGGCUCGCCCAGUUGCAGCUCACCCACCCUGACUUCCGCUUCUUCCUCAGCCACAAAGACUAACUCCCACCUCUCCGCCAAAAACAAAUCUCCCAUGGCCGCGCUGGUAUAUGGUCCCCGUUAUCGCUUGGCCAUGGCUUUGUUGGAAUAUCUAUUUUCAUUCUCUGUCAUGAUCACACCCAGAGACUAGCUCCUCCCUCCCCACCAAAAACAAAUGUCUCAUGAGAGCCAUGGCCCUCGUUCUCUCCGUCUCUCUCUCUAUUGUGUGUCUUCACGUGACAGAUCCUGGUAAGAGAGCUCUGCUGUAUAUGUCAGGACUCACAUGGCGUCCAUGGAGAUAUUAUGCUCUCUUGUUGAUGUCCUGGCCGCUACUGAAAUUAGUUUAAUGGGGAGAGACAGGCGGGGACAAGAAGUUGCCGACGUUCUUGUGGGGUGUUUUGCUUCUGUUUCCUUACAUGGUUGCUGUUAAAAAAAGGGUGCUGUACAUUUUUCCUUUUUUUCUGGGUGGGAACAAAAGAGGACCAGGGACAGGGAUGGAGGAGAAGUUCCGGAUGGCUUUGUGCUUGAAAAAAGUCUCUGGUGUAGCGGUGCUCUCUAUUUUGGACCCUCCUUUGCUUUAAAACGUGGUUCUGUACCGUGUACUUGAAGCUGGAGCGCCUAGCUUUCUGUUUCCUCCUUCCCCUUCUUGAGAUAUGGCGAGGUUUUUUGGAGGGAAUUGUGUAUAGUCACGAGAUGGGACCAAUCUGAACAUAGCAUGUUUUAUGUUGAAAAUGUAGUUCUUAGUGAGUGCAA